AUGGAGGCCUUUGGGGACGCUACUGGGCUGCGCAUUAAUAUGACGAAGAGCACGGUGGCUACGAUUAGAUGUGCAGGCUUAGAUAUGGAGGAGGUGCUGAGGGAAUUCUUGGGCGCCAGGGUAAACUUCCCUACCCAAUACGUAGGACUGCCUCUGAAUCUAGGAAGGAUCCAAGAUCGGGCAAAAGGGAAAAUAGCUGGCUGGCAAGGGAAGUUGAUCACCGUUGCUGGAAGAAAGAAGUUGAUAAGGUCGGUGGUUACCUCGCUACCUGUAUACCUGAUUACAGCUAUCAAACCUCCCAAAAAGUUCAUGAAGGAACUAGACAAGCUCAGACGUCGCUUUCUCUAG